AUGGCAGAGCUGGAAGAAGUGGCUGCUGCUCCUGAGCCGCCUUGGCCUGAUGAAGGCCGCCUACGUGAAUGCGUUGAACUUCUUGUGCAGCAAGCUGACCUGCAAACUUGCAAUGUAGGACAGCUGCGAACAAGAGUUGCUACUGAAUGUGGCCUUGCACCUUCUGGAUUGGAAGGAAUCAAAGACCAAGUCAAUGAGAUGGUGAGAGAAGCUGUGCAGAGCCGUUUGUCCAGCAAGGCUGGUCAGCCUUGUCGAAACCCUCUUGAGUUGACAGCGGAACCCAACAAUGCCAGGAGGGCCUACCUAGUGACCUUUUCUCACACUGACAAAGAUCGCAGUGAAGAUGGACACAGGCUUGUGCCGCCAGGGACUUACAGCAGAUCUGAAAUCAAGGAUUUCAUGCUGGGUGCAGUUGCGUCAACACAAUCUAGCAGAAUGGAACCCUUGAAGUUGGUUUAUUUGUCUGUGUUUCAAGAGCGGCAUGCUUCUGGAGACAUCCAUUACCACGUGGCAGUUCUGGCAGAGAAAUGCUUUCGUUUCAACACUUUGAAGCGUCAUUUCCUGGCCGCACAUGGUUUGGCUACCAAUUGGUCUGGCAAGAGUGAUGGUUAUGCAGGCUGUGUGGCAUACUGCUACAUGCCCUCGCCCAGGAAGGCAGUGGAAGAGCUUGAUCCUUCCCCGGAAUUGUGGCCGAGUACUCAUCCGCCCCUGCUUGAAGCUAGUCGUCACGCCAUCACUGCAGCCAAGCUGUGGGAGAAGCGUGAGAGUGCAGUGCGAGAGCGCGCUGCUGCUGGAAAAGCUGAGGGGAGACUUCGAGAAGUUGAUUUGUGGCCCAUAGUCAUCAAGGAAAACAUAGGAGCUGACGAAGUCGGACCAGAAAGGCUCAUGGCCUAUGCAAAAAGAUGUGGCGGGUCUGCUCUAGUAGACUAUUGUUUUGCAAAUUGGGACAAGCUCCCUAGCAUCAUCGCAAAGUCGUGGAAGGUGGAGAAAGUGGAAAACCACAUCGAGACAGCAACGAAAACACGUUUGGACUUACUGCAUGGUGCCUUGUCUGCGCGAUGUACUUGCGGCGGGGAGUGGCCUACUUUUGCUCAGACCGUUUUGUCACAGAAUGGGCACAGCCCUGCUGAAUGGUGCAAAGCCGUCGAGCAUGCAUUGCUGCAUGGCCGGUCCAAAGGCAGUCUUGUUUGCCACGCAGGAUUUGAAGGGAACGAGGGAAAGAGUUUCCUUUUCCGGCCCCUUCCUUUGGUAUUUGGUGAUGAAGGUGUGUUUCUCACCCCACCAAAGAGUGCUUUUCCUUUGCUGGGCUUGGAAAAGGCCCGUCUGGUGUGGCUUGAUGAUUGGCGAUUCAACGAAGAUAUCAUUUCUUGGGUGCUUCAACUACUUUGGUUCGAAGGAGCCAGCUUCAUCAUUGCCAGACCACAGAACCUCUAUGCGGGGCACCUGAAGUACAGCAAAAACGAUCCGGUGUUCUUGACAACUUUGCAGGCAGACCUGCAUGCUCUGAAAGGCAAACUGAAGCAAGGUUGUGCCGCCUGCUUUGCGCAUUUUGUGUUGCGAGAAGGGCAAGCGGUGCAGGGGCAGUGUGAGCGCAGCAAGCGUGAGGCAACAUCGUCUGGUGAUACUCCGGAACCGAAGAGAAUGCUGUGCUUGUCUUGGACUGUGGACGACGUUUGCAAGUAUGUGUCGGAUCUCGAGCUUGGCCAUGUUGCGCCAGCCUUCAAAGAGAAUGCCAUCGAUGGACGAAUGCUCGCAUCUUUGUCUGAAGCAGACAUGGUUGCUGAGCUUGGCUUGAAACCCCUUCAAGCUCGGAAAGUCAAG